GUGGUCCAGCAUGGUCAGAGGGAAGUGCCCUAGGCAGGAAUGAAAGCAGCCCUCUGCCAGAGAAGCCCAUCAUCGCAGUUAUCCGUGGGCGUCAAGAGUUUGGGCCCCGGGCUUUGGGCCACCGAUCCCUGUUGGCUGUUCCGGACUCUGACGAGAUACGUGUCCGGAUGAACCGGCUAAAGGUGCGGCAAUGGUACCGACCGGUCGCUCCAAUGAUUGCAGCAGAAGACCUGGUCAAGGUCUUUGGUCGGGAGGUUCCCUCCCCCUACAUGACGAUGGCGCCCCGCGUUCUGGAUCACAUUCGGGAGCAGUUCCCCGCACUGGCACACUUGGAUGGAACUGCUCGCCAUCAGUCUGUUGGGAAGAGCGAUGAACCAUGGCUGAAUGCUUUGUUGCUUGCCGUCGGGCGACGGACAGGGCUGGCAGCUUUGAUCAAUACAAGCUUCAACACGAAAGGCCAUCCGAUAGUCAACAGCGUGAGGGAGAGUCUGAAGCUGCUGGAUGAUCUGCCGGACCUGGACUUUGUCCUCAUUGAGGAUUGGCUGUUUCAUAAACGGCGGAGGUUCUAG